AUGAGCGACUCCCUCCCGGACGACAUCUGGGUCCAGUCCUUCCUGCCCACAGCCCCCCGCCCCCUCCUCACCGCCCUCCAGAAGCGCCACAACACCUCCAACGUCCAUCUCACCGCCCUCGCCGACAUCUUCAAGCAGCGCGCACACAUCGAAGCCCAGUACGCAGACUCCCUCGCCAAGCUCGCAAAGUCCGCAGACUCGGGCCUCCUCACCGGCAAGACUGGCAACGACUGGGCGAAGAACAGCGGAGAGGCCAGGGUCUGGGACUCGCUCAUCGCCGAGCUCGCAGAGACAUCCGCAUCCCAUUCUACGCUGUCGGCAUUGAUCAGGACGGAUUUCGAAGGCCCUCUGCGUGAUCUCCACGGCAAAAUCAUUCCCUGGCGCCGCAUCAACGAGCAGGAGGCAUCCCUCGAUAAGACCCUCAAAGACUAUGAGAAGGUCUCUGCCAAACUCGAAAAGGCAUCCAGCAAGUCAAAGUCGUCAAAGGUAGAUGGCUUGCAGUCAGAACUCAACCAGAUCACCCAGUCCCUCUCCAGCCUCUCGCCGAUGGUCUACACCACGUACCAGAGGCUGGACGAAGAAAGGUUGCGCGCCGAGAAGGAGAUCGCGGUGAGGUGGGCGACUGUCAAGGGCGACGUGGCUACCCGGGACGGUCAGAGGGCAGAAGGGACCGUGGCAAACUUGCUUGUGUGGGAGACCGGAGAAGAGGUGACGGCUGUCGGUCAGAAGCUGGGUGCCAUUGGCGGCGGGACAGCGGGAAGUAUCAGAGCGACGCCAGGGCCGGAAAGUGUCGUUGGUACUCCCCAAUCCAAUCGUCGUCACUCCUCUAUAGCCGCUUCCACCCAAAGCCACGACUUUUCGCCUCGCCCUCAAGCGCUGCGCAAUGGCUCACAGAGCAAUGUGUCUACCACCGGCUCCUCCUUUGCUGGCGGCUUCAAGUCUAUGAUCGGUAGAACCAGAACAAUGGGAGGCAGCGGUAACAGGAACAGGAGUGGUAGCAAUGCCACUUCUACCAGAAGUGCGCACCGUACGAAUGACUUUGAAGCAAUCGGGGAAGAGUCGAGGAACCACCCUCUGCCGUCUGAACCUAAUACGCCACCGGUGGACGAGGAGGGUUUCAGUGUCGCUCCCUCUGAUCGUCACCGCAACCCCUGGGAGAACCCCAACGAGCUCAUUCCCUCCCCCACAGGUGGCUCCACCUCGGCCUCCCACCCUACCUCUCCCACUGGCAACAACGCCCUCUUCUCCCAGAACUUUACAUUCUCCCCGAACGCCUCCUCCGAAAACCUCGACUCUGCUACCGGCCAACCACGCCUCAAUUUGUUCUUGGCCGAAAAGCCGAUUCAGGAGAGCGAUGAGGCGAGGCAGGCGGCGCUGGCAAAGAUGCAGCAGACUCUACAGCUUCCCCCUCCUGGUGGCGCACCGAAUCGAAGGUCGACUAUAGCUAGAAGAGGCAGGGAUGUUAGAAAUACCAUGUUUGGUGGGCCGACCGACGAUGGGUCGCAAGGAUUUGGCUUUGGGCCGGGGACAGUGGUCGGUGCGAGCGCAGGUGCCGCGACACUUCCUAAACUCUCUGAGCCCGAAGAGCGUCUCGCAGAGUCUCCUGCUUCCACUCGCUCAAACACGUUCAAUCGUGAUACCAUCCCUUCACCAUCACCCAUGGGGCGCCGCACCUCCCUCUCAUCUGUCUCCUCUAAUAACCCCUUUGAUUCGCCCGGUAUGGUCACGUCCGGCAUGUCGGGCAUGACCCCUCAAGUCGCGACUACUUCCACCGACCAUCCAGGUCUGCGAGCCAACAUCAGCGAGAUGGUCAACGUCGUCUUCAAGUCCAAGACAGUCUCGCGAAUUCAGAUUACUGGCGAAGUUCAUCUAUCCCUCCGUCACGAUCCUGCCGUCACUCCCACCCCUGAAGGUCCUAUACACAUCCGCCUCACACAAUUUGAAAGGCUGGAAAAGAUUGCGCCCAACCCCGCUUACCUUGCUCAAGUGCCCGAUAGGCCAGGGGAAUACUUUUUGAAUGCCGAGGUGCUGGCGGCUGCUACAGCAAAGGCCCCUCUUGGUACGGGAGCUAGUAAGGGCACACUGCUGUUCAAGUAUGUGGUGCAUGUCCAGCCGGGGAAGGAGGCUGCAUUUUUGCCGCUUACGCUCGACCCAGCGUUCCAGUGCAAGGAAGGCGAGACAAGGAUGAUUCUGCACUACACUUGCAGCCCCUCACCGUCCCUGUCUCUCCAAGGCGCCAACGCCACCAUCGUAGCCGCCUUUGCCCCUGGCCCCGCGAUCACCAAUGUCCAAGCCAAACCUGCUGGCGGAGUCUGGUCUCCCGCGACGAGACGUAUGCAAUGGAAGCUCGACGAGCUGGACGGAGAGGGCAAAAUCAUUGCCAAAUUUACAAACGAGUCUGGGAGCGGGGAGGCGAUGAGCCCGCAAGGGGUGCAGGCGUCUUGGGCCGUGGAAGGGUCGUUGAUCAGUGGUUUGGGUAUCGAGAUUGUACCUGGACAGCUGGAAGGAGACGGAUGGAAGUUUGAGGAGGUGAGGCAGAACACUACAACGGGCAAAUAUCUUGCCGAGGCGAGCGGGCAGUAG